AUGACUCAAUCUAUUAGUCCUCUUCCCAAGAGUCCUAGACUUGCCAUGUUAGACCUGAAUUGGAAUGCGGCCAUGAAAGAGGAGUUUGAUGCUCUUACUAAACAACAUAUUUGGGAUCUUGUUCCAAGGCCUUCUGGUGUGAAUAUUAUUCGUUGUAUGUGUUUUGAGUAUUGCUUUGGAGAAGGAUUGGCUGAUACAUCAAUUGGACGUAAAAAUGCCUUCUUGCACGGUGAUCUUAAGGAAACUGUCAAGAGUGAUAACUCUCUUUUCAUUUUGCACCGAGGUCGCCACUCGGCAUACUUAUUGCUCUAUGUUGACGACAUUGUCUUGACUGCAUCUACCGAGGCUCUCAAAUCAGAAAUUAUUGGGCUUCUUCAGGCCGAAUUUGCCAUGUCCGAUCUUGGUAGCUUUCGGUAUUUCUUGGGUAUUUUGGUCACAAAGACCCCUGGCAGCAUGUUCCUAUGCCAACAUAAAUAUUCUCAAGAAAUUAUUUCUCGUGCCAAGAUGGAAGGUUGUAAACCCGUGGCCACCCCGGUUGACUCCAAGGCAAAAUUAGGGGCUCUUGAUGGCAAACCCGUGGCAGACCCCUCCCUCUAUAGGAGUUUAGCUGGCGCCCUUCAAUAUUUGACUUUCACAAGACCGGAUAUCGCGUACUCGGUCCAACAGAUUUGCUUGUUCAUACACGACCCAGAGGAGCCGCCGACUUUAAUGCGUUAA